CAAAUAUCCGAAAACCCAAUAUAAAUUCCUCGAAACCUCACUCUAACUCUUGUUCCGUCUUCCCUGAUUUCACCUUAGCCUCUGCAAGUUUGGCCCCUCGCAGCAUCGGCGUUGAGUGACACGGACCUUACGAAGUGAAGGUUGUUGCUGCAUAUUUGCUCGUCGUGUUGGGCGGCAACACCAGCCCUUCGGUGGAUAAUUUGAAGGAUAUCCUCAGAUCAGAUCAGACGUAGGAAUGGCAACUUUUGAACUCUACCGUCGAUCGACUAUUGGCAUGUGUUUGACAGAAACGUUGGACGAGAUGGUCUCAAACGGGACUCUCAGCCCAGAGCUUGCUAUUCAAGUUCUCGUUCAAUUUGACAAGUCUAUGACUGAAGCUUUGGAGACUCAAGUCAAGAGCAAAGUCUCUAUUAAGGGGCAUUUGCACACUUAUAGGUUCUGCGACAACGUGUGGACCUUCAUCUUACAGGAUGCUGUGUUCAAAAACGAGGAUUGCCAAGAGCUCGUUGGAAGGGUCAAAAUAGUUGCAUGCGACUCAAAGUUGCUCACACAGUGAUGUACCCCAGCUGUUUGCUGCUGUGAAUGAAUACUUAAUGGAGAGGCCAUAGUGGCAGAGAGUGGGAGUUUUUAGCCCACCAUUUGCAGAAAGACCUCUGCAGAUAAAGAUUAUUAGAAUGGGAUUAUGGCCAAAAUAAUCCUCCCGCACCCCCCAAACCUCUUUAAAAUGUUCACUCUCGAACAAUUAUCGGCGGCUUUGAAAGAGUAAUUCCUUUCAUUUUCUUCGUGGAUUAUGUGGAUCGUUAUGGAUUAUAUGGAGAAGACAUUAAAUCUUCUCUGUUACUAGAAGCAAUAUGAUUAAAAAUUUGUGUCGAUCAA